GAGCUAUGGAUUGCGUAUGCGAUUCGUCGACAUCAUCGCUGAGCUCCAUUUCCGAUUACCAAAUCCACAGUACAACUCGGAAACUCAAACCACCUGCAUUGCGAUUCUCUCAACUUUCUCCCUCCGAUCUGUGGAUCUCAGCUCGGAGACGGUGACGAGGAACCUGCCGACCACCGGAAAAUGGGACUCUGCGGCUCAAAGCCGGAAGGUUGCGUCCGAGGAAGACUGGUUCCGUCGGGAAAGAAGAAUCGGAGGCGGAGAAGAAGAAGUAUCAAGCGCCGAACUUCCUCUCUGAAAGUUGAUUCAUCUUCUGCACCUAAUCGCCCUCAUUCUACUCCUACAUGUGCAGCUAGAGGAAGUGUGGAUGCGGCAUGGUUUGAUUCUACUUCCGUCCUUGAUUCUGAAUUCGAUGAUGAGUUUUAUAGCGUUCGUGAAGAUGUGUUGUCUUUAAAUGGCUCUGAGUUCGCAUCCAGAUUAAGUGUUUCAUCUCCAAAGCAUCGAAACAAUAAAGAACAUAAUGAAAAUACUGCGACAAUUCUUGCUAGGAGAUCUAGUGAUUGUAGAAAUGAUUUGACCCCCAUUUUUGUAGAUGAAGUGUCGACAGAGGGUGAAAAUGGUAAAGGAGGUGAGGGCGCUGAGUCGAAUAACUGCGGGCUUCUUCCAAACACUUGUUUGCCAUAUCUGGCUGCUGCUGGACCCUCAGUUGAAAAGAGGAGACAAAUUAACCAAGGAACCCCAAAUCUAUGGAGAAAAGCAUCGUCAAAACUCUCAUUUAAGAUGAAGGAAGGACAUAAUGAUCAGAUAAUAUUUUCACCGAGGGCACCUUUACAGAAACCAAUAGCUGGCACUUCAGUUCCGCACUGUCCAAUAGGGAAGAGAAUGCCCAAUUGUUGGUCACCUAUUGACCCCAGUGUUUUUAAAGUUCGAGGGAAAAACUAUUUUAGAGAUAAGAAGAAGGAGUUUGCUCAAAAUUGUGCUGCAUAUUAUCCCAUUGGAGCUGAUGUCUUCUUGUCUCAGAGAAAGAUUGAUCAUAUUGCCCGUUUUUUGGAACUUCCUGCCAUAAAUCCAGCUGGAGAUGUCCCUUCUAUUCUUGUAGUAAACGUUCAGGUACCACUGUACCCUGCUACAAUCUUUCAAGGAGAAAAUGAUGGUGAAGGAAUGAGCGUGGUUAUGUACUUUAAGCUAUCCGAGAGUUAUUUGAAGGAACUUCCGAGUUCUUUCCAGGAACAUUUUACUAAAUUAAUUAAUGAUGAAGUCGAAAGGGUUAGAGGUUUCCCUAUGGAUAGCAUUGUACCAUUCAGGGAAAGAUUGAAAAUUAUGGGCCGAGUGGCUAAUGUGGAGGACCUUCAUUUGAGUGCAGCUGAGAAGAAGCUUAUGAAUGCGUACAAUGAAAAACCUGUCCUCUCACGACCUCAACAUGAGUUUUACUUGGGUGAGAAAUACUUGGAAAUCGAUUUGGACAUGCACAGAUUUAGCUACAUCUCCAGAAAAGGUCUCGAAACAUUUAACGAUAGACUGAAGCUAUGUAUCUUGGAUUUUGGCUUGACAAUUCAGGGAAACAAGGCAGAAGACUUGCCAGAACAUAUGUUGUGUUGUAUUCGGCUAAACGAAAUCGAUUACUCCAAUUAUCAGUCAUUGGGUAUUUAAGUGCAAAACCAUAAACUUUUAGUUGAUUUUGGAGAGGAAAAUUCAGAAAUAAAUGCAGUGCUAUUCAGUAAAUAGAAGAUUAUUAGCAACAACGAGAAAUAGAAUUCAAGGACACAGUUGUACAACCUAUAGAACAGAUCCUGUGCAAGUAAGGUCAUUAGCAACCAUGAGAAAUAAAAAGGGCCGUUUGUAGUGUAACCCAUUUUGGCAUAAUGUAUACUUCUAUUUGUAGAUCUUGUAUAACAAUUCUUUCGUUCCUGGUAAUUCUGUAAGGAUAGAUAAUUCUUCUAUACAGAAUUGGAUGAACACCAUAAAAGAAAGGUCCAAGGGACCAUUUUUCUUA